UUAACUUUUCCCCUUCCUUGUCUGUCUCUAUUGCUAGGCACUUGUGAUUCUCCUCCAAGAUUGAGUUUUGCUGAGCUGCCUGGUGCAGUGAACAAUUCCUAUCCUGUUGGAACCAAACUGAAAUACUCCUGUCGCCCAGGAUACGUGUUGGGCUCUGGAAAGUCUCCUGUAGUUACAUGUCUUGCAAAUUCAACAUGGUCAGUAGACCCUGAGUUUUGUGUAGGAAGACCAUGUAAACCACUAGAACUAGAAAAUGGCAGGGUUCAUUUCACAGAUCUCCGGUUUGGUGCAACAGCAAACUUCUCCUGUAGUGAAGGGUACAGAUUAAAUGGACCAACUUCUGCCCAAUGUGUGGUUGUGGGAAAUGGAGUUGAUUGGGAUAAGGAGCUUCCACAUUGCGAAGAAAUACCUUGUCGUCCACCUCCUGAUAUCACCCAUGGAUCCCAUACUGGCCAGAGUGAACAAGAGUUUUCCUUUGGCUCAGCGGUAACUUACAAAUGUGACCAGGGCUUCUCUCUUAUUGGAGAGGCCUCCAUUCAUUGUACAACGAAAGAUCAUGUCAAUGGAGAGUGGAGUGGGCCUGCUCCUGAAUGCAAAGUCAUAAUUACCCAGGACAAACCCACAACUGUCCCCCCCAAAGGAACAGAAGUAGCUGGUACUUCCUCAGGUAAAUUGGAAGAACUUGGAUUUGCUAAAAAUCUAGAAUUUGGGGUUCAAAUUUCCACUUGAAUAAAAAUGAAAUGUAC